CGAGCUGUCUAUCCAUCAUGCGGUCACUUCCUGUGGAGUUUCCCCAGCCCAGGGAGGAGGGGGAAGAGGACGAGGGGGAGGAAGGCGGUCGUCCGGGGUUAGGUUGGGGGGGGUGUCGGUCCGUUUAGGGCGGGGGAUGACUCACGGCCCAUCCCAUCUCCCCGACGCCGCCCGCCGGCGCAGAGCUCGCUCCAUGGCUUAGCGGAGGAGGCGGUGGCGAGCGGGGGAGGGGGACUCUUAUUUUGUUGGGGGGACCGGGCCGAGGCCCGACCGGCCUGGCAGGGCUCGCCCGGGGCCGGGCGUCAUGUCUCAUGCGGCCGAGCCAGCUCGGGACGGCGUAGAGGCCAGCGCGGAGGGCCCUCGAGCCGUGUUCGUGCUGUUGGAGGAGCGCAGGCCGGCCGACUCGGCCCAGCUGCUCAGCCUGAAUUCUUUGCUUCCGGAAUCCGGGAUUGUUGCUGACAUCGAAUUAGAAAACAUCCUCGAUCCUGACAGCUUCUACGAGCUCAAAAGCCAACCCCUAUCAUUACGGUCAAGCCUCCCAAUAUCUCUCCAGGCCACACCAGCCACCCCAGCUACACUCUCUGCAUCAUCUUCUGCAGGGGGCUCCAGGACCCCUGCCAUGUCGUCAUCUUCUUCAUCGCGGGUCUUGCUGCGACAGCAGCUAAUGCGGGCCCAGGCCCAGGAGCAGGAGAGGCGUGAGCGUCGGGAACAGGCUGCAGCCUCUUCCUUCCCGAGUCCUGCACCUGCCUCUCCUGCCAUCUCUGUGGUCGGUGUCUCUGCUGGGGGCCACACACUGGGUCGUCCUCCCCCUGCUCAGGUGCCCAGGGAGGUGCUCAAGGUGCAGACCCAUCUGGAGAACCCGACACGCUACCACCUGCAGCAGGCACGCCGGCAGCAGGUGAAACAGUACCUGUCCACCACCCUUGGGCCCAAGCUGGCUUCCCAGGCCCUCACCCCACCGCCGGGGGCUGCUAGUGCCCAGCCGCUCCCCGCCCCUGAGGCCACCCACGCUACUGGCCCCACAGGCAGUGCUCCCAACAGCCCCAUGGCGCUGCUCACCAUCGGGUCUAACUCAGAGAAGGAGAUUGAUGAAGUCAUCGAUGAGAUCAUUAGCCUGGAGUCCAGUUACAAUGAUGAGAUGCUCAGCUAUCUGCCUGGAGGCACCACAGGGCUGCAGCUUCCCAGCACGCUGCCUGUGUCAGGGAAUCUGCUCGACGUGUACAGUAGUCAGGGUGUGGCCACGCCAGCCAUCACCGUCAGCAACUCCUGUCCAGCUGAGCUGCCCAAUAUCAAACGGGAGAUCUCUGAGACGGAGGCCAAGGCCCUUUUGAAGGAACGGCAGAAGAAAGACAAUCACAACCUAAUUGAACGUCGCAGGCGAUUCAACAUUAACGACAGGAUCAAGGAGUUGGGCACUCUCAUCCCCAAGUCCAGUGACCCGGAGAUGCGCUGGAACAAGGGCACCAUCCUGAAAGCCUCGGUGGAUUAUAUCCGCAAAUUGCAGAAGGAGCAGCAGCGCUCCAAAGACCUGGAGACCCGGCAGCGAUCCCUGGAGCAAGCCAACCGCAGCCUGCAGCUCCGAAUUCAGGAGUUAGAACUGCAGGCCCAGAUCCAUGGUCUGCCAGUACCUCCCACCCCAGGGCUGCUCUCGCUGGCCACAACUUCAGCCUCUGAUAGCCUCAAGCCAGAGCAGCUGGAUGUUGAAGAGGAGGGCAGGCCAGGCACAGCAACGUUUCAUGCGGCCGGGGGACCUGCCCAGAGCGCUCCCCAUCAGCAGCCCCCAGCGCCACCCUCCGAUGCCCUUCUGGACCUGCACUUUCCCAGCGACCACCUAGGGGAUCUGGGAGACCCCUUCCACCUGGGGCUGGAGGACAUUCUGAUGGAGGAGGAGGAGGGGGUGGUGGGGGGACUGUCAGGGGGCGCCCUAUCCCCACUGCGGGCUGCCUCCGAUCCCCUGCUUUCUUCAGUAUCCCCCGCUGUCUCCAAGGCCAGCAGUCGCCGCAGCAGCUUCAGCAUGGAGGAGGAGUCCUGAUCAGGCCUCACCCCUCCCCUGGGGCGUCCCCACCCAGGACGGGAGGACCAAGUCUCGGAUGAGGCCCCGCCUUUUCCCCCCACCUUCCCAUGAGACUGCCCUGCCCAGGUGUACAGGGGAUGAGGAGAUGAGAUGAAGCCCCACCCCUGUAACCAGGCAAGGAGGAGGAGUCAGAUGAGGCCCCGCCCCUUCCCCAUCGGAGAGGCCAGCGCAAGUAUUUCAGACCUGGAGAAGGCAGGGACGGCAGGGCCUGGCCCCGGCAGAUCAGCAGCCUCACCUCUGCCCUGUGGGACCUGCCCUUGCCCCAGGUGAGGGAAGGAGAUAGGAUGAGGUCGAGGGGCCCCUGGCCCCUAGGGACUGUCCUAGCCAGGUUUCCUGGGAUGAAGCGGUGGCAGGAUACAAGGCUCGAUUUCCUGGCGCCAUCAGUAUAGUCCCUCCUGGCAAGGAAGAGGAGUCAAAAUGAGGGCGGUUCCACUCUGGGGGUUUAAGCCCUGCCCUUUCCCUGUGAACCCUGUCCUGCCCAGGCAAGGAACAGAAGUGAGGAUGAGAGCCAGCCCCUUCACCUGGGAACUCAGUCCUGGCCUUCUAGCCGUGGAGGAGUCAGGCCCCGCCCCUUCCCUAUAGGAAUAGCCCAGCGCAGGUAUUUCAGGCAUGGAGGAGUUCGUAAGAUCAGGCAACUUUGAGAUCACAGCAACUUCCCUUCCAAGCAUUCCACACUGCAGGGAGGAGUGGUACUUAAGCUCCCCCGCCUUAACCUGGACCAAGUGACCUAACCUAGGAGAGCUUUAAACGACCUUGCCCUUGAAGGUGGGGGCAGAUCUUAACAUCUUGUGGGUUGACAUUCCAGAUCCCAAUCAGGAGUGAGUGAGAGUGAGACCUCCACCCUGGGGCAGAGGUUUGCCUCCUUCCUUGCAAGGAGGAGACUUGGGUAGCGAUGGAGCUCAGCCGGGUACUGAAUGCCCAGAACCCACAACCCAGUACUGUUUGUCAACUUGUAGCCCAACAGGAUGCAGGAAAGGGGCCUUUCCAGGGAGUUCCCCAGCCUAGGAAAAAUGUGGAAGCCUGUCCCACCAAGGCAGAGGCCUAGAGGGAGGAUUGCAAAAGCGUAUGUGUCCCCUCUUUUGUUAAUCUGAUUUUUUUUAUUGACACCCCCUACUCAGAAGCUAGCUCACCCCCAACCUCUGGCCUCCACCCAGUUCUCCAUUUGGAGAAAUCAUCCCCAUUUCAGAGUUAUCAAGAGACACUCCGUGCCCGUUCUCAUCCACAAACACCCAAGUCGUCAGCUUUGGAUUGGGGCCAAGCCCCAAGGAGGGUGUACUGAGGGGUCUGUAGGUUUGUGAUUAAAAUAAUAAAUGCUAGGCGUGUUUGAUGCGCUUUUAACUUUGGCAAA